AUGUCUGAUACCGCAUCUCCUUUGACCGCUACCGAUUCACGGUUCGGCACCAUGCCUCCCGAGUCAACGGCUCCCUCGUCAGCCGCAAGUGACAUUGCGCUGGACGACACCAAGCCCGCCAAUGGAGUAAAUGAAGAAACUGUACAAAAUGGGGAUGCUGAUCCCGCUUCAAAUAUUGAGGAGCUCGACCACAAUACUAAGCAGCUGAUGGCGCUGCUGCGAACCAGCUCCGUAUUUGUCGCAAUCAUGUCGGAGAAGAUGAAGAAGCAGCAAGAGGAGGCUCGUCAGCAAGCUGCCGCACGAAAGCUGGAAACACCCGAAAAGCAAGCAUCCCAGCCUCGAAAGGCCACCCAACGCCGCCAGACUCGACAUAGCGCAAUGCAAGAUAACUCGCCAGAAGACAAAAUCCCAGAUACACCCACCGAUACGCCCACAGACACACCCCAAGAGAGCGAGCCUGUCGACGAGGUCGCCCGAAGAAAAAACGCCGGCAAGGGCGGUAUUACGAAUUACUUCCAGAAGGCCAAAGUCGAGGUGCCAGAUGAUAAUCCCACAGUGCCUGAGGCAUUAAAGCAAGCAGCCGAAGAGUUUGAGGAUAAGCCCACUGUCCUUGGAGAGCAAGAGCUUGUGGCCACGCAACAGCCCAAGCUCGUCUCAGGUGGCCAGAUGAGGACUUAUCAAUUAGAGGGCCUGGAAUGGCUGAAGACUCUUUGGAUGAACGGACUGUGUGGUAUCCUUGCUGAUGAAAUGGGUCUUGGAAAGACUGUACAGGCAAUCUCUAUGAUUGCUUUCAUGAAAGAAAACGGUGUUUCUGGUCCCUUCCUGAUUGUUGGCCCCCUCAGCACGGUCAGCAAUUGGAUCGACGAGUUCAAAAGAUGGACUCCCGAUAUCGAAACCGUUAUGUACCACAGUAGCAGUGGCAAAGCGGGGCGUGAAGCCAUUCGGAAAAAGUUCAUGAACCCUAAAAAACAGGCGGAUAUGGACUUUCCUGUUGUUUGCACUUCGUACGAGAUGUGUAUCAACGACCGCAAAUUCCUCGGACAGUAUCAGUGGCGAUACAUUGUUGUGGACGAAGGUCAUCGUUUGAAAAACAUGAACUGCCGACUGAUCAAGGAGCUGUUGACUUACCCUUCCGCAAACCGUCUUUUGAUUACUGGCACACCCCUUCAGAACAACAUCUCCGAGCUUUGGUCGUUGUUGCAUUUCUUAUUACCCGAUGUAUUCAAUGAUCUGGACAGCUUCGAAAGUUGGUUCGAUUUUUCAUCCGUUCUGGACAAAAACAGCCAGGCAGAUUUGAUAGAGAAGCGAAAGCGCAAUCUGGUCUCCAGCAUGCACGCAAUUCUCAAGCCCUUCCUGCUUCGCCGCGUCAAAACCGAUGUUGAGCAUUCUCUUCCAAAGAAACGGGAGUAUAUUCUGUAUGCCCCAUUGAGUUCUGAGCAGAAGGAACUUUACAGAGAGAUCAUCAGUGGUACUGGCCGCCAAUACCUAGAGGCAAAAGCUUUGGAGCGUCUCAAUGCCAAGAGCGCGACUCAAAACCAGACGCAAGGAAAGAAGCGUCGCCGUGAAAGUUCCACGGAAAGUUCUCCUAAUAAGAGUGCGAAGUCAAAUGGAAAGAAAACCCCGACUAGGCACACUGCCUCUGGUCGCCGACGCUCUGUCCGCAAUUAUAAGGAUAUCAGCGAUGCAGAAUUUGACACAAAGCUGCGGAAUAUGGAGAUGGGAGUUGAUGAGGAGGAAGAAGAGGAGGAGGAAAGCGAGGGAGAGUUGGAGCAUAAGGAGCAAUUGAAGAACCUCCAGCUUGCAAAGAAAGAGAUCAGUCAGAAGAAGAUGCAGAACCCAGUUAUGCAAGCUCGUAUGGCCUGCAAUUCUCCACACAACUUCUAUUGGCCUUGGGAAGGCGAGGUCGACGAGACCCUCGUAUCCGCCUCAGGCAAGAUGCAGCUUCUAGACCGACUAGUCCCUGACCUCUUGAAAAAGGGUCACAAAAUCUUGAUCUUCUCCCAAUUCAAGGUGCAGUUAGAUAUUAUCCAAGAUUGGGCCACUACCCUCCGUUCUUGGGAAUGCUGCCGGAUCGACGGCGCAAUCGCCCAAACCGAUCGCCAGGCUCAGAUCAAAGCAUUCAACACCGACAAAAAUGUGAAGAUUUUCCUCCUGAGUACUCGAGCCGGUGGCCAGGGUAUCAACCUCGUCGCGGCCGACACAGUCAUCCUCUUUGACUCCGAUUGGAACCCGCAACAAGAUCUGCAAGCGCAAGACCGAGCCCAUCGCAUUGGACAAAAGAAGCCGGUGAUUGUCUACAGACUUGCGACUAAGGGCACUGUCGAGCAGACCUUGUUGGAGAAAGCGGAUGCUAAGCGUCGACUUGAGCGGUUGGUUAUCCAAAAAGGCAAGUUCAAGUCUCUUCUGGAUAACAAUGCCAAUUCUCAAGAUAUUGAGGAGUUGAGAAAGGUUCUUGGCGAGGAUGAGUUCGAGCGGUUUGAGGCUGGGGCUGAUCCUACUUCUGUCCUUUCUGAUAAGGACUUGGAAAUUCUUACUGAUCGCAGUGAGGAAGCUUACGUUCGUGCUGAGAAGGGUCUUGACCAGAGUGGCCCGGCGUUCGUUGCUGUUGAGACUAAACGGGAUGCAGGUGAGACGCUUCUGGGCUAA